AUGAAGACUCCUUUUAGUCCUUCUCAGCUCAUGGAGAGGGAGCAGAUCUUUGGCUUUGGAGGGAUGUGUCAAGAGCUGAUGGACCCCCCAACAUCAACAACCAUCAGUCUCUCCGUCCAGCAGACUCCAUCCCCAGGUCAGGGCGGGGCCUUCUCGCUGUGUGAGGUGUGUAACCUGCAGCUUACCACUGACGCUCAGGCCCAACUGCACUACAAUGGCAGGUCUCACCUCCGGAGAGUGAGACAGCUCGAGGCUAGGGAGACAGGAGCAGGGACUCAGUCUAGGUCCCUCCUCCAGGCCACAGGGCUCAGCUCCCAGCCUGCUGGACUAACUCUGACACCAGGCUUCAGUUCAUGCCUAAGCGCUCCAUCAAGCACAGCUGCAGGAAGUGGGUGUGGUGCAGUAGGCGGGGCGUUGCCGCGGUUGAUAGGCGGCACUGGUCCCUCUAUGAUGAUGAAACCAUUCAUGUCGUUUCCUGUCGAGACGACGUCGCCAGUCGGACUGUUCCCAAACUUUAACACGAUGGACCCGGUGCAGAAGGCCGUCAUCAACCACACUUUUGGCGUUACCUUGGUACCCAAGAAGAAACACGUUGUCUCAUGCACCGUGUGCCAGCUGAGGUUCAACUCUGAUUCUCAGUCAGAAGCUCAUUACAGAGGCAGUCGUCACGCCAAGAAGGUCAAGUCUAAGGAGAACAAGACCAAGGCCAAGCUGUCAAUCACCAAUGGGAAGAGAACGAGUCCUGUUCGCCCCGCCCCUCCUGUCUCAGCUAACAGCAGCAGCAGUAAGCACACAGAUCAGUUAUCUAGCCUCACCACCUCCAAUCCUGCCAAACCCUUCAUCCUCCCCUCCUCCUCCCCUCUCUCCUCCACCUCCCCCUCCUCUAGCAGACCAGGCAGCGAGCCUCCUCCCUCCAGUCCUCCCACCGCUCUCCCCGCCCUGGGCCUCUUCUCUUCUUCCAAAGCUUCUACGCCUCCCCCUCCUCCAGCUUAUGUCACCUCCUCUUCAUCCCCUGCUACUCCUACUCCUUCCCAGGAUGCUCCUCUGUCAAUGGAGUCAGAGGAGGAGAAGGCGAAGAAGCUGCUGUACUGCUCUCUGUGUAAAGUUGCCGUCAACUCUCUGUCUCAGCUGGAGGCUCAUAAUGCAGGUUCAAAGCACAAGACGAUGAUGGAGGCUCGGAGCGGUGCGGGGCCAAUCAAGGCCUACCCUCGAGCCGGAGCCAAGCUGAAGAACGGCAGCAGCUCCCCACUGAAGGGCUCCGGGCUGCAGAACAAAACCUUCCACUGCCAGAUUUGUGACGUCCAUGUCAACUCUGAGAUCCAACUCAAACAGCACAUCUCCAGCAGGAGACACAAGGACAGAGUGGCUGGAAAACCCAGCAAACCCAAAUACAGCCCAUAUAACAAGCAGCAGCGCAGCACACUCACUUCCUCUCCUUGUCUCCUUUCCUCUUCUCCUCAGAAUGAGUUGGUGAAGCCCUCCUUCUUCUCACCUCCAUUUGCUCAUCCGCCCUCCUCCCUCACCUCCACCCUCUCCCUCCCUCCCUCCUCUUUCUCCUCCCCUCCCCUAUUCCCUCCUCCUGCCUCACCCCUCCCUCCUCCCAUCUCUCUCCAUCCUCGCCAUGCAACCUCUUCGUCUCUCUUCGCCGCCUCCUUCCUGCGUCCGGCUCCUGGACCAAUCAGAGCGAGCCAAGGAUCGUUCUGCUUCGCACCCUACUGAGUUCAUUGUAGGCGAUGGAGAGGCGAACUCACAACCUUUGACCUCUGACCUCCAGUUUGUUGAAGUGAGAAAGGAGACCAGAAGAGACAUCAGUUCUGCCAUCGUGGCUGCAGGGAUUCAAACCUGCAACCUUCUCACCUGACUGAGGCUUCAAAAGGAGACUUUAGAGGACAGAGCCUCCUCCUUCUGUCUGGUUCUUCUUUUUGGGUCGGAAACUUCACAGCUGAUCCGACAGCAACCUGUGAGGAUUUUAUAAACCAGAACAGAAGAGAGGCUGAAAGGUUUCCACACAUUCUCGAAAACCUGGCAUUUGUUUAACACAGUUAGAUGGAAAAGUCUUGUAAAAAUGACAGAAUUGCCCCAAAAAAAACCCCACAAUAAGUUGUCCGGGAAAAUAAAUCAGUUUUUUUGCCGUCCUCAUUUGUUAUUUUGAUGCUCCAGAUUCACCUGAUUCAAAACCAAUCCAACUCAGAGAGAAAUAAGUGAAACACUCAACCUGUGCAUGGAAACUAGAGAAUAUUUAUAUUUUUCUUUCUUUGACAUUUUUACCAAAAAAGAACCCCUAAGUACCUCGUCGAUUAUGACAAAUGACUCUUUGUGUCUGAAUCUACAGAAAAUAACGAUGUAGUUUAUUUUUUAAUGUAUUUUGGUUUGACUGAAGUAACAAGAAUCAGAACCAGGAUGUGUGAAGAGCCAGAAUCGACAAGCAGAGUCAAAAAAAAUAUAAAAGAUGCAGAAGCUUACCAGCGAAAACCUGAUGUCAGACGUCCUCCGUCAGGAACAAAAACUACUGCAGAUGUCUUCAUGUCAUCAACACUGGACGAUGAUGUCACGGUUGUCCUACAUUUAGACGUCCCGGCCGUUAUAUCUGAUGUCCACACUUCUGCCUGUACCUGCUGUCGUCUCCACUGCCUGUGUGUUACAGGCUCAUUCUGCACUCUGGACCCGGCUACUUCCUGGUUUUACAGUGAAAACGGCCUUUUGUCCUGACUGUUGCCUGGUGUGAAGUCUUCACCUUCCUGCUGUUACUGAAUAAGACCAGAACUUUCUGGAGUAACUUUUACUGUAACUUUUAUCAUAAGUGUCAGAGGAAAGACUUUUAACACAUCACUGGAACAUUUUACAACCUGAAUGAACAUUUCCAUAAAUAAGCUUAGUCACCAUGAGGAAAAAGAACAUUUAAACAUUUCUCUGGUUGCUUUUCCUUUGUGCUCUAAUAAUUUAUUUUGCAGUGUAUGUUGUAAAUAUUUACCCAAAGCUUUUUCACGACUUUCAAACAACCGUCCAACACUUCCUCUCGUGCCACCCUCAGGAUACACAUCACACUUUUAGUUCUGCUAUUAGUAAGGCUCUGAGACAGUUUCAUGGUUAUCAUGUUAUGUGUGACAAAAUAAUCUCGACUGAAACAUCCACUUAGAAGCUUUAUUCUGAGUUUAUCAACGGUUCACUCUCUUGUGGCUGAGGUAUAUUUGGUUUAUAUAUGAAGACAUUUAAAACUAGAUAUAAUUGUCCAGAUGCAUGUAUUUUUACACUCACAAUCAAAUGAAUCCACAAUAAUUGAUCAAAGAUAAUGAAAAAUAGAAAUUAGAUAAUGGAAAAUGGAAAAUGAACUCCGUAGUAUUUGGCUGUAAUAAUCUGUUCUGACCUCAGCAUGACCUAAACACUCAAAUACAGUUUGCAGCCAACAGCAAGACUUUAAAAAAUGUGGUAUUGUCACGUCACUUUACCUUACACAGCGCUUUUUGUUUGUUUGUUUUCUUUCUGAUAUAUGAAGUGAUAGGUUUGUCUAAUAUCAUAAUAAUGUAUUUUGUAAAGUUGUAGCCGUUUUGGUUCGGCACACCGUGUAACAGAUUCAUAUGAUGAUGUGAUAAGAUUAUUUUGGCACACAAACUGAUCUUCCAUGCUCAACAUCAGUUUAUUGUUUUGUCCAUUAAUUCCUUAUUGUGCGUGUAGUGAACACUGCAGCCUCCAGGGGGCACUGACAGGACUUUCUAACGUUGGUCUGAAAUUCUCAAAAAAGCUAACAAGCGUCAUUGCUUGCAGCUAGCUUUUUUAAACUUACGUGCAAUACAAUUAAAAUGAUGGUUGUUUGGCAGGCUUGAAGGAGCUUCACAGAACCAGGAGAAACCAUAGAAAACUUAACACGUCAAAGUUAAAGACGAGAUGUAAAAACUCGUCCUCAAUGUUGAUUUCACAGGACGGUGUGUUGCGAGUCCACUUCAGUCUAAAGGCUUUUCUCUGAUUGGCUAUCAGCAUAAAUAAAGGAGAGCCACUUGUUCCGCUCCGCGAUUAGUUCAUUAAAAAUGCAUCUGAGGAUAUUAAGCAAUGAGUGUUGAAGUGUGAUGAAUCUAAUUGGCUGGAGUUAAAGGAUAAGUUCACAUUUUAGUUACAACCAGUAUGGACAGGACCAAUAACUCUUGAAAUGAACAUAUGGGUGUUCAGGCCGUUCCCAACUCGUCAAAUUUGGCAGCUUGGUCAGAGGCCCUUAGCGUCAAACUCCAUGUACCCCUCUAGUGUCCGUUUUGGACGAGCAGGGCUGCCUCUAUUGGAUGAAGUCUUGUCAUGUAGUAUAAAGGUUGACAGUCUGCGUAGGGAGGGGGUCGGAGUCACAGACAGGACUUUCACCCCGGAGACCUCUUUUCAUGUCCUGUGUGAAACCAACUUCUUGUGUGUGUAACUGAUUUAUUUUAACUUGCGUACACAACUUAAGUUACGUAACAAUUGUCCUUAUUUAUCCCAAUAGUAAGAACAGAUAGACCAUCAACUAGCCCCCGUUAGAAUGAUUUUGAGCACCAGGCUCAUCCUUAGACUUAUUUUACCCCAAACCAUGACCUUUUACGGAACCUAACCAAGUAGUACCUAACGUAAAUCAUGUACAUAAUGUAAAGGGGUACCUAGUGCGUUUAAAAGUGACGCCAAGGGGUCCUGACCGAGCAUCCGUUACAAGCACCCGCCUACAAAACAUUUACAGAUGGAGUGCACCAAACUUAGUUAGUUAGUAUUUUUCAAACCAUCAUUUACAAAACAUUUUGGGUUUGAAACAAAGUGCUAAUGAACGUCAAUGAAAAGACACCUAAAGGAACUCUCUGUGGACCCGACUCAAUAAGAAAAGUCAGAAAUAAUAAUUCUAGCGGAACCUUUUGUAGAAUGAAAGUGAUUAUUUUCUAUGGCUUCCAAAUGGUCGAUAUUUCCCUGUCAGUCUUCCUGCCUCCUCCUGAAGAACUUGAAGCAUCUCAGUCUUCCAGUAAUGAACAAAAAACAGUUUUAAGGACAUUGUGUGUGUGUGUGUGUGUGUGUGUGUGUGUUUAUCUAUGCAGUAUUUUGGUCUCAUGGUGCAGUGACUCUUAUCUAUCUCAUCAACAUGCAAACUAUAAAAAGAAGACAAAGUGUCAAAUCAAGCGUUGAUGCUGCUGACUAACUUACAAAAACAAAACUCUAAACUCUUCUACUGAACUUCCUCCUCUGUCCGAUGACGUCAUCAUGAUGCAAUAAUGUACAGAUCAGCUGCCGCUUUUCUAUUCACGCCGCUUCUUUAUCUGCAACACUGAGGCCUUAGAGUCUUGAUAUUUGUCCGAGUUGCAAUACUGGAAUGAAACAAACGGGGAUGCGCCGGGUUAUUUCUAGUUGCCAUGAUAAAAGCUUUUCAUUUUUGUUGAAACUGGUGAAAUGUUUUGCUGAUAACUGAGACUGUAAGUGUGUGAAUGUGUGUUUAUUCUCUCCGUGCUUGGAAUGAACCACCUAAUUGAAUCACUUUGCUUCCAAAAUAAAAACUUGUUUCCAAUAAUCCCAGAGGGCAAACAGUGUUUAAAGGAGCAGUUCACCCAAACUGCUGCACACAGGGCUCCACUCUGAAACAGACAGUAGUUGUUUUUAACACAUGUGAUCACAUCAACCCAUCUUCACCAUUCAAAGCUUUCACUGAUGAUGUUGAUUGGAAACAUGGGGAUUGCUUGAAUUGAACAUGUUGAAAAUAAAACAAGAA